AUGAGUAGAAAUAUUUGUAGAUGUGAUCAUUUUCUUUUUCUCUCUUUCUCUCUCUCUCUUUCUCUCUCUUUCUCUCUCUCUCUCUUUCUCUUUCUCUCUCUUUCUCUUUCUCUCUCUUUCUUUUUCUCUCUUUCUUUUUCUCUCUUUUCUUUUCUCUCUCUUUCUUUUUCUCUCUCUUUCUUUUUCUCUCUCUUUCUUUUCUCUCUAAUUUUUCUCUCUCUCUUUUCUCUCUCUUUUCUUUCUCUCUCUUUCUUUUCUCUCUCUUUCUUUUUCUCUCUCUUUCUUUCUCUCUCUUUCUUUUCUCUCUCUUUUUUUCUCUCUCUCUUUCUUUUUUUUUUUUCUCUCUUUCUUUUUCUCUCUCUCUCUUUUUUCUCUCUCUUUCUUUCUCUCUCUCUUUUUUUCUCUUUCUUUUCUCUCUCUCUCUCUUUCUCUCUCUCUCUUUCUCUCUCUCUCUUUUCUUUCUCUCUCUUUCUCUCUCUCUUUCUCUCUCUCUCUCUCUCUUUCUCUCUCUCUUUCUCUCUCUCUCUCUCUCUCUCUCUCUUAAUCUUUUAUUCUCACUCCUGGGUUGGCCGAAUUGAUGUUGUGAAUGUUAUUGUUACAUUGCGGUUUCCAGAUGGUGCCAAGUGUGAAAUUCAAGAUGUUGACAUUUUUAGUUUUGAAGAUCUCAAUGACAAACGUGGCAAGCACACAGAAUUUGUGAAUCGUUUUUACUAUCCUGGGCAGCAACUGCGUGGGGUGAUGGGUGACUUACGAGAUGUUGAAUGGAUCCACAGCACACAUCUUUACAAUAAGACCACUGCAAAUAAUAAACAACGCAUGAAUGUGAUUGUGGUUGUAGAAGAGGUGAAAACCAAAGAUGUUGAAGUCCAUUGGUCAUGUUGUGGUUUCAAAAAUGCAUCUAGCACUGAGGCACCACCUUCAAUUGUUAAGAGAGAAGAUCUGGCAAGAAUGAAAAAGUUAGAUUGGUUUCACCAUAGCUCCAUUCAAAUCGGUGAUAAGGCUUAUUAUAUUAUCAAAGACACUGAUAUUAUUCUUGAUCAACAACCAAAACACCACACUCGGCAGAAUGUUUCAAAUGGGGGACAGGCUUGCACCGGAUUGACAAAUGGCUUCACUGACGCUAGGAACGGCAGUAAAGCCACUGGGGGGGAAGAGGAGGAAGACAGUUGCAUAAAUGGAACUGAGAUGGCUGCAGGAAAAGACCAGGAUGAAAAGAAGCCUGGAAACUCUCAGAGUAAGGUCAUCACUAACAUUGAAGAAAUUGAAAACCUUGAGGAGUAUGAGGAAUUAGAUGAUGACGAUGAAUCUGACCAGGCAUCUGCAACUUCUGGUCACUCCAAUGCUUCCAGUUCUUCGUUACGGCGGAAGAAACCAGCUCAUCGUGGUCCUACCCUUAAAACACAGUUGAUGAAGAAAGUGCGGGGUAGAAAAGCACGCCAGAAAAUGAUUUUGCCAGAAAGAGAAUUGAAAUCGGGAGAAAAAGUGCCUGUCGAAGUCUGCUACACAUUCUCUAGAGUUAAUGUAAUGUGGCAAGAUGGUUCUGUGGAAUUGGGUAUUCCAUCUCCAGAUUUGUUUCCGAUCCACCAUUUAGAUGAAUUGGAAUUUUUCCCUGGAGAUUAUGUGUUGGAUGCAAAAGAUUCUGGAACAAGCAAUGUAUAUGGUGUUGUUGUCAGCUGUAACCACGCUGAGAGGACGUGUUUAGUCAAGUGGAUGAAAGCUUACGAUGCUGGGAAGUCUAAUCGCAAAACAUUUUUCUCUCUUCAUUUCUUUCUCUCUUCAUUUCUUUCUCUCUUCAUUUCUUUCUCUCUUCAUUUCUUUCUCUCUUCAUUUCUUUCUCUCUUCAUUUCUUUCUCUCUUCAUUUCUUUCUCUCUUCAUUUCUUUCUCUCUUCAUUUCUUUCUCUCUUCAUUUCUUUCUCUCUUCAUUUCUUUCUCUCUUCAUUUCUUUUCUCUUCAUUUCUUUUUUCUCUUCAUUUCUUUCUCUCUUCAUUUCUUUCUCUCUUCAUUUCUUUCUUCUUCAUUUCUUUUCUCUUCAUUUCUUUUCUCUUCAUUUCUUUCUCUCUUCAUUUCUUUUCUCUUCAUUUCUUUUCUUUCAUUUUCUUUCUCUCUUCAUUUCUUUCUCUCUUCAUUUCUUUCUCUCUUCAUUUCUUUCUCUCUUCAUUUCUUUCUCUCUUCAUUUCUUUUCUCUCUUCAUUUCUUUCUCUCUUCAUUUCUUUCUCUCUUCAUUUCUUUCUCUCUUCAUUUCUUUCUCUCUUCAUUUCUUUCUCUCUUCAUUUCUUUCUCUCUUCAUUUCUUUCUCUCUUCAUUUCUUUCUCUCUUCAUUUCUUUCUCUCUUCAUUUCUUUCUCUCUUCAUUUCUUUCUCUCUUCAUUUCUUUCUCUCUUCAUUUCUUUUCUUCAUUUCUUUCUCUCUUCAUUUCUUUCUCUCUUCAUUUCUUUCUCUCUUCAUUUUUUCUCUCUUCAUUUCUUUUUCUCUUCAUUUCUUUCUCUCUUCAUUUCUUUUUCUUCAUUUCUUUUCUCUUCAUUUUUUCUCUUCAUUUCUUUCUCUCUUCAUUUCUUUCUCUCUUCAUUUCUUUCUCUCUUCAUUUCUUUCUCUCUUCAUUUCUUUCUCUCUUCAUUUCUUUCUCUCUUCAUUUCUUUCUCUCUUCAUUUCUUUCUCUCUUCAUUUAUUGUAGUUGAAAUUUUCCUCUUGCUCCCUCCCCCACAUUUUUUUUUAUUUGAAUUAAUAGCAAUAAUGAAUACUGUUUUAUUCUUAGAGGAACCAGAGGUUGUAGCGCCUCCUUCUGAAGUGAGUGUGUAUGAUAUCAAAGACCAUCCUUAUUAUAAAUUCCGGCCAGGGCAUGCUGUGAUUCGAGUUGGUGGUGCUGAUGAGAAUAGUUCUGAGCCAGUCGAAGCUGCUGGUCAAGUGUAUCAGCUUGACCCUCAGGGUUUCAUCAUGGUCAAGUGGCCAAGCAGUAGAGUGACCUGCUGUUAUCCGCAAGAACUCUUUGUUGUAGGAGAUGAGAUGAGUGACUUAAGCUCUGAAGGAUCUUCAUCUGAAGAGGAGGAGGAAGAGGAAGAGGAGGAAGAAGAGGGUAACAGUGAUUGCAGCUGGGAGACUGAAAACGAAGAAGAAAUUGAUCCAGAUACACUGGAGCCUAAAUCACCUCUGCCUAAAACUCUCCUUGAACAAAGUUCCCGAUGUGGGACUUAUGAUGAACGGAAAGACCAUCUGGAUUACCUGAUUCUGCGUGCCAACAGUGCCCUUUCACGGCUGGAUGCAAUGGUCAAGGCAAAUGAUCCUAACUAUCCACUUGAUGUCCUUCGGCUGUUUCAUAAUUGUCAAAGUCUUGACAAAUUCUUGAAACUGUCACAUUUUGAUGAUCCUGACAUGAAUGACCUCGUCUCGCUAAUAGGAGCAGAAGUAAGUAAAUUGAAAGGCAGUGACAACCAAAAACAGCCAAACGAUUUGUCUUGUGUAGCGUCACCAAUGUCCGAGGACAACCAAGAGACUCUGCCAACUGGUUCCUGUCAAGUCGCUUGUUCACCUUUAAAUCGGACAGAUGUUUCUUUAUCAGGGAAUAAUGUAAAUAAUUAUAAUGAAGAAGAGUCAUGUAUAUACAAAUGUGACCAGGCCAGUACGAAACUUAGCACAUCACAGUCAGCUAUGUUUUUACUUCAGUCAGAUAAGGGUGACUCUGGAGUGGACUUGACACUUGCCACCAGUAAGACAAUGUCGAAAUCUAUGGAUUUCAGCAGCAGUGUUAAAGAGACUCCAAUAUGGAUGCGAUUGGCAUCCUCUCGAUUGAACAACUUUAAUCAGGAAAAUGUGGAGUGGGAUAAGUCAAUGAAAGAACUCUGUUCCCGCCUCAUUAAACUGCUGCAGGAUAGAAUUGGACGAAUGCCGAAGGAAGUGAACAAAAAGUGGCGGAAACGGAUCUUGGAAGCCACGAGGAAUGUACCAUUUUGUGAUGACUGUUACAAGGAGAAAGGGGUACAAACAGAAUCCUCGCAAGUGGAGGAGACGGACGCUCUGCCAGGACACAGUUGGUUUUCAGUGACUGCUGGCCCCACAGAGCACAAGGCCGUACAGACUAGUGUGACUGUUGAGGCCAUUGCUGCAUCGGGGGCUGCUACAGCCAUCACUGUUGGUGGUACAGACGAAGCCAGUGGUGCCAGCAAUGAACACAAGAGUGAUACUGAUGCUGGUAAUGAGGUUAAUAAAUUGGACAAUUCUUUGUCUUUAGAUCCUCAAGAAGAUGUCUCGGUUGAAGAAUUUGACCCAGCAGCAAGAAACACAAAUGGCUUCCAAGUUGUAGAAGAAACCCCAACUUCUCAUCAUUACCUAACUCACACUCACUUAAGCAGUCAAAAGAACUUCUUAACAUCACUUAGGCGAGAGACAAAAUUAUUGAAGACCAGUCUUCCUGAUGGUAUAUUUAUUAAAGAGUUUGAAGAACGAAUGGUUGGUAUUUUUCUUAGUUGCAUUUUUUUCUCUUCGUUUUAUUUUUUUUCUCUUCUCUUCGUUUUAUUUUUUUUCUCUCUCUCUCUCUUCGUUUUAUUUCUUCUCUCUCUCUCUUCGUUUUAUUUCUUCUCUCUCUCUCUCUCCGUUUUAUUUCUUCUCUCUCUCUCCGUUUUCUUUUUCUCUCUCUCCGUUUUUAUUUCUUUUCUUUCUCUCUCUCUCCGUUUUAUUUCUUUUCUCUCUCUCUCCGUUUUAUUUCUUUUCUCUCUCUCUCCGUUUUAUUUCUUCUCUCUCUCUCUCCGUUUUAUUUCUUCUCUCUCUCUCUCUCCGUUUUAUUUCUUUUCUCUCUCUCUCUCCGUUUUAUUUCUUUUCUCUCUCUCUCUCCGUUUUAUUUCUUUUCUCUCUCUCUCUCCGUUUUAUUUCUUUUUUCUCUCUCUCCCUUUUUUUAUUUCUUUUUCUCUCUCUCUCCGUUUUAUUUCUUUUUCUCUCUCUCUCCGUUUUAUUUCUUUUCUCUCUCUCUCUCCGUUUUAUUUCUUUUCUCUCUCUCUCUCCGUUUUAUUUCUUUUCUCUCUCUCUCUCUCCGUUUUAUUUCUUUUCUCUCUCUCUCUCUCCGUUUUAUUUCUUUUCUCUCUCUCUCUCUCUCCGUUUUAUUUCUUUUCUCUCUCUCUCUCUCUCCGUUUUAUUUCUUUUCUCUCUCUCUCCGUUUUAUUUCUUUUCUCUCUCUCUCCGUUUUAUUUCUUUUUCUCUCUCUCUCCGUUUUAUUUCUUUUUCUCUCUCUCUCUCCGUUUUAUUUCUUUUCUCUCUCUCUCUCCGUUUUAUUUCUUUUCUCUCUCUCUCUCCGUUUUAUUUCUUUUCUCUCUCUCUCUCCGUUUUAUUUCUUUUCUCUCUCUCUCUCCGUUUUAUUUCUUUUCUCUCUCUCUCUCCGUUUUAUUUCUUUUCUCUCUCUCUCUCCGUUUUAUUUCUUUUUCUCUCUCUCUCUCUCUCCGUUUUAUUUCUUUUCUCUCUCUCUCUCUCCGUUUUAUUUCUUUUUCUCUCUCUCUCUCUCCGUUUUAUUUCUUUCUCUCUCUCUUUAUUUCUUUUUUCUCUCUCUCUCUCUCCGUUUUAUUUCUUUUCUCUCUCUCUCUCUCCGUUUUAUUUCUUUUUCUCUCUCUCUCUCUCCGUUUUAUUUCUUUUUCUCUCUCUCUCUCCGUUUUAUUUCUUUUCUCUCUCUCUCUCUCCGUUUUUCUUUUCUCUCUCUCUCUCUCCGUUUUAUUUCUUUUCUCUCUCUCUCUCUCCGUUUUAUUUCUUUUCUCUCUCUCUCUCUCUCCGUUUUAUUUCUUUUCUCUCUCUCUCUCUCCGUCUUAUUUCUUUUCUCUCUCUCUCUCUCCGUCUUAUUUCUUUUCUCUCUCUCUCUCUCCGUUUUAUUUCUUUUCUCUCUCUCUUUCUUUCUCCUAUUUCUUUCUUUUUCUUUUUCCCUUUUUUUCUUCUAUUUAG